GGGUCAUACUAUUCUCCUCUUUUCCCCCCUGCAGUUUGUGCGCCUGACAAAGCAUUCCCUGCCGCAGGUGGGGCGCCUGUGCCUGAUCUCGACCUUCCUGGAGGAUGGGGCACGGAUGUGGUUCCAGUGGAGCCAGCAGCGGGACUACAUCCAGGCCACCUGGGACUGUGGAACCCUCCUCGCCUCCGCCUUUGUCUUCCUCAACCUCUUCGGGCAGAUUGGUGGCUGCAUCCUGGUGCUGAGCAGAAACUUUGUCCAGCUCGCCUGCUGCGGACUCUUUGGGAUCAUUGCCUUGCAGACAGUGGCCUACAGCAUCUUGUGGGACCCGAAGUUCCUGAUGCGGAACCUGGCGCUGGGGGGCGGCCUGCUGCUGCUGCUGGCGGAGUCCCGCUCGGAGGGCCGGAGCAUGUUUGCGGGGGUGCCCACCCUGCAGGAGAGCAGCCCCCGGCAGUACAUGCAGCUGGGCGGCCGCCUCCUCCUUGUCCUCAUGUUCAUGACCCUGCUUCACUUCGACACCGGGCUCUUCUCCAUGCUGCAGGACGUGGUGGGCUCGGGGCUGAUGGCGCUGGUGGUGCUGGGCUGGAAGACGAAGCUGGCGGCGCUGACGCUGACACUGUGGCUGCUGGGCACCAACCUCUACCUGAACGCCUUUUGGGCGGUCCCGGCCUACAAGCCCAUGCACGACUUCCUCAAGUACGACUUCUUCCAGAGCCUCUCCGUGGUCGGGGGCCUCCUCCUGGUGGUGGCCCUGGGACCCGGGGGGGUCUCCCUGGACGAGAAGAGGAAAAAAGACUGGUAGGAGGAGGAACUCUCCUUGCCACGGGCACCAAAGAGACAGGCACACCUGCCUCCCUCUCUCGGCGGGACACUGCCGCCAUC